ACCGUACCGGGUGUGUGUGCUAAGGCGCUUCGAACGACUGUGUGCGCUGGCAGAGUGUCCUUCUAUUAUUUGCUCCUUUACCAACUCCUGGCAUUAUUCUCGUGCACCGUGAGCGGUUCCCGUGCCUUUUUGCAGUGUGAAUAACGCUAAAACAAGUGACCAACGACUUCCGGAGGCAGUUACUAGUCUCCAUUACAUUGAAGGCUACGAAGUGAAGCUAAAUACAGCCGCAUGAGUGCCAACUAACGAAACUAACGAGUCCCGUCGCACGUGUGUCCUUCUUCUUUUUCUUUGCUUGAAAAUUUCGAGAAUUUCACACCAGGACAUUGCAAACGGUCAGUUAGCCCUGCUGUCGGGCACUGACCAUAACCAUCGACACCUUCUGGUACUGACAGAUACCAACGCAAAGCCACCCUGGUGACAUCUGCCCGGUAACGGCCUCUGUCAUCAUUUCCCUUUUCUAAAGGCUGCCUCUUCGUUUGUGUAACGUUACCCUUCGGCCACGUGGUUUGUCAAACCACUGUCCUGUGCUCUGAGCAGACGUAAGCCAACCCCAGGCCACCCACACAUUCCAGUAUCGAAGCGACUUUGUCAUAUCGACAAAAAAACUACUACACGAUGAAGUUCCUCGAGAAUGAGUCUGACAAGAUCGAGAUCGUCGAUGGGGAGGUGGACGUGCCGGCAAUUAUCGACGCGAUGGUUCACCAGCUGCCCACCGACAACCCGUUUUACGUGAUGGACCUCGGAGACAUCGUGCGCAAGCACCAGCAGUGGAUUGAAAAGAUGCCACGGGUUGUACCGCACUAUGCGGUGAAGUGCAACGACUCCGACGUCGUGUGUGCCACGUUGGCCGCUGUCGGAGCAUCGUUCGACUGCGCUUCGAAGGGUGAAAUAUCGAAGAUCCUUUCGCUCGGAGUCGCUCCUGAACGCAUCAUCUUUGCGAACCCCAUGAAGCCGGCCUCGCAUCUUCGUUAUGCCAGUAACAAUGCGGUCAAAACCAUGACCUACGACAGUGAUACCGAGCUGCACAAGAUCAAGCAGUACUGCCCGGAUGCCAAACUUGUGAUCCGAAUUCGCUGUGAGGCAGAAAAAGCUCAGUGUCCCUUGGGAAAAAAGUUUGGCUGCGAUCCAGUAGAAGAGGCUCCACGUCUGAUCAAGAUCGCCCGUAGCCUGGGGCUAGAGGUGAUCGGUGUUAGCUUCCACGUCGGUUCGGGUUGUGCCGAUUUUCCGAUCUACUAUAAGGCCAUCUCAUACGCGCGUGAUCUAUUCGAUUACGCCACGCAGCUAGGAUACACGUUCAAUCUGCUCGAUAUUGGCGGUGGCUUCCCAGGCGACACGGGCACCUCAAUCGAUGAGGUGGCCAUGAUCGUCAACACGGCGCUCGACACAUUCUUCCCGGAUAAAGCGGUUCGCGUCAUUUCCGAACCCGGACGGUACUACGUGUCGUCGGCGUUCACACUCGUUACCAACGUGCAGUCGAAAAGGGUGUGCCUAAAUCCCAAGACGGGCAGCAUCGAACGCAUGAUGUACUACCUGAACGAUGGCGUGUACGCCUCGUUUAACUGCGUCCUGUACGAUCACCAGGUGCCACGACCGAAACUGAUCGGAAACCAAAGCGGCAAGCUGUACAACAGCACGAUCUGGGGUCCGACCUGUGAUGCGCUCGAUCAGCUGAUCGAGACGAUUGCGCUGCCCGAACUACAGAUUGACGACUGGGUCGUAUUUGAGAACAUGGGCGCUUAUACCAUUCCCGUCGCCAGUCCGUUUAACGGGUUCGAGUUGCCGAAGAUCUAUAGCUACAUCAGCAAGAACACGUGGAAAAUGCUGGAAACAUUGUUCCCGCUACAAAACGAGUGUUCACAGUCCCUGAGCAGCUCCGAAAAUCUGAUGAACAACUACGACACUGUCGUAUGCGCGUGAGGCAACUGUUUGGUCCCGCAAACCACUUGCCCCGGUCACUACACCAGCUUUUAUUGUUUGAUGAUAUUCAACGGAAAAUCCACAAAUUUACCUCUUACUUUAAAGUACUUUACAACGUUGCCCUUUCUCGGCAUAAUUCAGCGACAUACUUCAAUAAACGAAGAGGCAGUCAUUUUACAGCCUAACAUCACGUGGUACA